UAUACGCAUAGCUUUGUUCUUGGAGUAUUUUUCUACUCCUGCCAAAUGGGUCUUCGGCAGAAGUUGCUUUUGAUCACAGCUUCAGUAUUUUGCAGCGUUGCCACAGCUUCCUCCAUUGGAGAAUGCAGGCCACUUGAUCCAUGCUUAUCAGAUGGAGAUUGCCACGCUGGAUUCUAUUGUUUCUCUUGCCCUCAAGCAUUUUCAGGCUCUAGAUGUGUUAGAUCAACCACUACAAACCAAUUCAAGCUCCUGAAUACCUCUCUUCCCUUCAAUAAAUAUGCAUUCUUGACAACCCAUAAUGCUUAUGCUAUCGAAGGAGAGCCAUCUCACACGGGGGUUCCUCGUAUUACCUUUACAAAUCAAGAAGAUAAUGUCACUCAACAGCUAAAUAAUGGAGUUCGCGGGUUAAUGCUCGAUACCUAUGAUUUUGAAGGAGAUGUAUGGUUGUGCCAUUCUUCCGGAGGAAAAUGCUAUGACCACACUGCAUUUGAACCGGCUAUAGGCACACUAAAGGAAAUUGAAGCUUUCUUAUCAGCAAACCCAGCAGAAAUAGUCACAGUGAUCUUAGAAGACUAUGUUCAAGCCCCUAAUGGACUGACAAAGGUCUUCACCGAUGCCGGGUUGAUGAAAUUCUGGUUUCCGGUGACGAACAUGCCCAAAAAUGGUGAAGAUUGGCCACUUGUCACGGACAUGGUUGCUAAUAACCAAAGGCUACUUGUUUUCACUUCAAUCAGGUCUAAAGAACAAAGUGAAGGCAUUGCAUACCAGUGGAAUUACAUGGUUGAAAAUCAGUAUGGAGAUGGUGGAAUGCAGGGGGGAAAGUGUCCAAACAGGGCAGAAUCAUCACCCCUUAAUGACAAAACUAAGCCUCUGGUGUUGGUGAAUCAUUUUUCAUCUAUCCCCUUUAAGAUAACAGCAUGUGAACAUAACUCGGCGGAUCUCAUUAACAUGCUCCAUACUUGUUUUGGAGCGGCCGGCAACCGGUGGGCUAACUUUGUUGCCGUUGAUUUUUACAAGAGGAGUGAGGGAGGUGGAGCAUUUCAAGCUGUGGACACUCUCAAUGGGGAGCUCUUGUGUGGUUGUGAUGAUGUCCAUUCAUGUGCGGCUGGAUCAACUUGACGAGCCUGCCCCCCUUUUCAAACUGUAAAAAAUGAAGUGAAAAUCUAGAAUAGUGCGAAAUAAAGCAAUUAAUUAUUAAAUGUCAAAGCAGCAAUGAAAUGCCAAUUACAAAAGUAGUAAUGCAAAAGGUAGCAAACUGAACAACAAAAGAAAAGGCUCUAUUUAAUAUCAAUCAUUGUUCAUGUGUCAAAGCCCAUUCAACUGUUACUAUAUGUUUGCAAAUUUCUUAGACUUUAAAAAUAAAUAAAUUAAUGUGAAUAUUAAUUCUUUUUA